AACAACCAUAAAAACAUGAAUAAAAGUGUAAACAUUAUAGUUUUUUGACUACAAUGUUUAGUAGUAGUCAAUGAAACACACAUCUCAGUCUCUUCCAAGUUUUCCAAGUUUAAAUGCUGCACUUUCCCCGCCUAUUUUCCUAAUGAAGUGAAUGUGGGGGGAGCAGAGUUGGGCUGGCUUUUAGACAUCUGACUGUAUUUGGAGUUGUUAGACUUGCAGAUAAGUUUUUUCCUGCUCUUCUUCAACUGGUGCUGCUCAGACCGCAACCUGCAUCCUCACACUCAGCCCUGAGCUGCAGGAUGGCUGCGCUCCCAACGCGCUGGCUCUUAUGGAUGUGUGUUUUCACAUUUGCAGGGAAAACGGCAGCAAGCGGUUCAAACGUGUGCACCUCCAGGGGAGCCAGCACAUGCAAGCAAUGUCUGGCUGUGCACCCCAGCUGUUCUUGGUGCUUCCAGGAGGACUUUGGUCAUGGAGUUGCCAGCUCGUCACGCUGCGACCUGAAGAAAAACCUGAUCGCUGCGGGUUGUGAAGCAUCCGGUCUGGAGUCUCCGACCAGCAGACUCCAAGUGAUCGAGGACCGGCCGCUGAGCAACAAGGCGGCCGGAGCGACCCAAGAUGUCACCCAGAUAAAGCCGCAGAAACUGCAUAUCACUCUCAGGCCAGAUGAUGCAAAGCGCUUCACAGUGAAAGUGCGGCAGGUAGAAGACUACCCAGUUGACCUUUACUACCUCAUGGACCUGUCCUACUCGAUGAACGAUGACCUUUUCCGCCUGAGGACGCUGGGCCGCGGUCUGGCCGAAGAAAUGAACCGAACCACCAGCAACCUGCGCAUGGGCUUCGGGGCUUUUGUGGACAAGCCGCUGUCGCCGUACAUGUACAUCUCACCUGAGGCGGCCGUGAGAAACCCCUGCUACAGCAUUAAUACCACCUGUCUGCCCCAGUUCGGCUACAAACACGUGCUGUCUUUGACGGAGGAAGUGAGCCGCUUCACGGAGGAGGUGAAGAAGCAGAUGGUGUCCAGGAACCGAGACGCCCCGGAGGGAGGAUUCGAUGCAAUCAUCCAGGCUGCUGUGUGCAAGGAGCAGAUCGGCUGGCGUCCAGGUGCUUCCCACCUCCUGAUUUUCACCUCCGAUGCCAAAACCCAUGUGGCUCUGGAUGGACGACUCGCUGGAAUCGUGCAUCCCAACGAUGGACAGUGCCACCUGAACGCUGACAAUAUGUACAGCAUGUCCACCACUAUGGAUUAUCCGUCACUUGCUUUGAUCACAGAGAAAAUGUCAGAGAACAACAUCAACCUCAUCUUUGCAGUCACCAACCCUGUGGUGCCCCUCUACCAGAACUACAGUGAGCUUAUUCCUGGCACCACAGUGGGAACAUUGUCCAACGACUCCGGAAACGUCAUCCAGCUCAUCCUAAAAGCCUACGCUAAAAUUCGCUCUAAAGUGGAGCUGGAGCUUCUAGGCGUCCCAGAGGAGCUGUCCUUGUCCUUUAAUGCCACCUGUCUGAACGGAGAGCUCAUCCCCGGCCUCAAAUCCUGCUCCGGCCUCAAAAUAGGAGACACGGUGUCGUUCAGCGUAGAGGCCCGCGCUCGAGGCUGUCCCAGACAAAAAAAGAAGACCUUCAUCAUCAAACCAGUUGGCUUCAAGGACUCUCUCACCAUCACUGUCACCUUUGAGUGUGACUGUAAAUGCCAGAGCAAAGCCCAGCUAAACAGCCCCAAAUGUAGCAACGGGAACGGUACCUACGAGUGCGGCAUGUGCCUGUGCCACCCAGGCAGGUUGGGGCCGUACUGCGAGUGCGCAGAGGGCGACUACAACCCCAUGGAGCAGGACCGCUGCAGCGGCCCAGCGGGAUCCGGAGGACCCGUCUGCAGCGGCCGCGGCGACUGCGUGUGCGGCCAGUGUGUGUGCCACAGCAGCGACUUCGGAAAGGUGUGGGGGAAGCUGUGUGAGUGUGAUGACUUCAACUGCCUGCGAUACAAAGGAGAGCUGUGCUCAGGCCAUGGAGUGUGUAACUGCGGUUUCUGCCAGUGUGCGCCAGACUGGCAGGGUGAGAACUGUAACUGCUCCCGACGCACGGACACCUGCAUGUCCAACCUGGGUCUGCUCUGCAGCGGCAGGGGCCAGUGCGUCUGUGGGGUCUGCGAGUGCACCCAGCCGGGGGCCUACGGGGCCACAUGUGACAAGUGCCCCACCUGCCCAGACGCUUGUACCAUGAAGAAGGAAUGCGUGGAGUGUAAACAUUUCAAAAGGGGAAAGCUGCAUGACGAUAACACCUGCAGUCGAAUCUGCAAGGAUGAGAUUGUACUUGUGGAUGAAAUAGUUCUCCAUGACACGAACGCGGUAAACUGCUCGUAUAAAGACGAAAACGACUGCGUGGAGCAUUUCCAGUACUAUGAGGACGCCAGCGGCAAAUCCAUCCUGUUUGUGGUCAAAGAGCCGGACUGCCCCAAGGGUCCGGACAUUUUGGUGGUGCUCCUGUCGGUGGCGGGAGCCAUUUUGUUCCUCGGCCUGGCCGCUCUGCUGAUCUGGAAGCUGCUGGUUACCAUCCACGACAGGCGGGAGUUUGCCAAAUUCGAGGAGGAGCGCGCUCGGGCCAAGUGGGACACGGGGCACAAUCCUCUUUAUAAAGGAGCAACGUCUACCUUUACAAACAUCACAUACAGAGGAAAAGACUGAUGCUACUGAGUAAAGAGUAGAGGAUGAAAUACUGGACUUUUUGAGAGAAAGUGGCAAGUCAUGUGCAGCCUUCUACUGUCACAAAACAAUAAUGUGUGUGUAAAUAUGUAGAAAUUUUUCUGAGGAAGCAUUUUUACUAGUCUUUCAUAUCUCACUGAUGAAAAUAGUUGUUUUGUAUGAUUUACAAUUAAUUUUGUUGCUUAGACCAGAAUAAAGUCUUGCUUCCCCCUCAUGUCUUUCCAAUAUAAA